CAUCGUCUCGUUUAGUUGGGGACACAAGGGCAUAACACAAAAGAGACCUGAAAGCACUCACACAGAAAACAUGCACUCCAAAAUGAAAUAUCUACAAAUAUCCUCAACAAAAACUCAGACAAAAAUGCCUUUUUUCUAAAUCUCUACAACAUGAAAAUUACAAAGCUUCAAUCACAGGAGAUUAUCAGCACAAACUCAGAUGACAUACCACUCCAAUAUGCGCUAUGUAAGCCCUUAGACUUUUUUCCUCAGAAAAGAAGGAAACAAUAAAUUACGAUACAAUAAGAUAUCAGGCGUUUUAAAAUAAUUACCUGCUAUUUAAGCACGAAAAAGAAAAAAAAUUAUAAGAAAUAGUAUAUAUUUGACAGUGUGUGUGUGUGUGUAUGUGGGGAGGGUGACGGGGUUUAACUAGCAUGCUUUGAGCAGAGGAUAAGUGAGGAGGGGAAAGAGCAAGUGCUUUAGAGAGGGAGUGAGAGAGUGAGAGAGCAUAUGUGCAGGAGGGUGGGAGGGUUGGAGAGAGAGAGAGAGAGAGAGAGGGAGAGAGAGAGGGAGAAAGGGUGGACAAGCGGGUGGGUGCUGUGAAAUCCGUUAACAGGGGAGCUCUGUGCAUUUGUUAGACGUCUUGGCUGCUUGCCCAACUUGGCUCAUUGUAAUCGAGGCAUGAUCGUCGACUCCAGGCAGCCCUCUCUGCCGCCUCGGCUGCCUUGCGCCUGGACCCAGCCCAGCUCUCACCGCUGACAUGGAAAGACCCACCCCCAGUGACAUGAUGCCCAAGAGGGAUCAUGAGAGGGACUUGGAACUGGACAAGAAGAUUGAGGCUCUCCGCAGGAAGAAUGAAGCGCUCAUGAAGAGGUACAAGGAGGUGGAGGAAGACAAGAAAAGGGCAGAGGAGGAAGGAAUGGCACUGCAGAGCCGCAAGGGCAAAGCUGAUGAUCUUACCAUCACGAUCAGCAAGGCGACCAGUGACAGUCGUGUGGUGGUGACAAAGCCAUUCAGUGGCGGUUCACCAGCUGGGAAAGGACAGCAGGAGGCCGGGCCUGACAGGGGGGGAGAGGGUCCUCCACAGGGCACUGGCCGAGGACACAGGAAGCAGUUAACGGUCACCAUGGCAGGCAAAAAGGGUAAGAGGGUAGUGAGUGAGAGGCCAGAGAAGAGGCUGGGCCCUGCGGACGUCAAGAACCCUACAGAUGACGGGCAGACGAGGCGUGUGGAGUCAGCUGGGAGGGGGAAGCAGCCACCUCACACGAACCAAGAGAGACGCAGCAGCACAGCCCCCCUUUUGUUUGUUCUCUCGGGCAGCACCACCGUGUUUUACAUAGAUGUCAGACAUGUCGACUGGCCACACCCCUCCAGUGAUGGAGCACAAUGGUUUUGUGGACAGGAGGAUGAGGUUAAACAAGGGCAGAAGCGCACUGAGGAGCAUCACAGGCUGUCAGAGCAAUGCCAGGAGCUAGAGAGCCCGCACGCCAGCACAGACCUCAACAUCCCCACUUUGAAAGAAGAGCAGGAGGAGUAUCUGAGGUGGAAGAAAGAGCGCGAGCAGAUUGACAGGGAGAGAGUGGCACGCCAUAAAAAUGCCAAGGGCCAGUGGAGAAGGGCGUGGGACGUGGACAAAACUGAGAACAUGUUUUCAGACAAAUCCCUGCCUGACAGAGACUGGGGUCCCUCUAACAGAGGUGGACGAAAUGCCAAAAGAGGACAACCCAGGACAAAUGUAGACUCAAGAGGUCAUGAGAAGCGUGGAAAAGACAAGGGAGCUAAAAAUGUGCUGGUGAUGAGUAGUAAAGCAAAAGGCAAAGAUCGUCUGACUGGGAGGGCUAGGAGAUGGCAGCCAAAUGAAGAUGGAGAGAACCUACAGACCUCUGACACAACAUUGGAGGAAUUCUUGGAGGAACUUGACGCCCUCACAGAUGCCGAAAUAGAAGAACAGAAAGAUCUGGACUCAAAAACGACGCUGUCGCCCAGCCCAGAAUCGCUGAACACCUCUGAGGAAGCAAGCGGAUCCACAGCUCCUGUGUCAGCAGCUCCGGAGCGGGCGGAAGCCUCGUCCCCUCGGAGUUUGGAGAAGAAGGUACGCUUCUCAGAGGAACUCAUCCAGGGAGCCCAUAUGAGGCAAACCACAGGCUCUCAGGACUCUGCCAGCUCGGAAACAAGAAGUCAGAGCUCCUUAAAGGCUUCCUCACCUAAAAAGAACAAACACGAAGAGCAAGGGCCGCAGCAGCCUCUUGAAAGUGCCAAGCAGGAUGAUGGCAGUCCUCAGGAUGAGGGAGGUGGUCCGUCUGCUCCUCCUGUUGCCCAGCAGCAGGCCUCUGAAACUGAAUGUACUAAAAAAGACAGCAACCCCCCACAGCCCACCUGCCCCCCUGCUGAAAAAGCAUGUGCCUCUCUACAGGAGGGCUCUGUCCAGCCUCUAGAGCUUGCCAAGUGUAACAUCAGCAACACAAACACAGAAGAGCUGAUAGACUCCGGUCUGUCUGUCCUGAGCCUGGAGUCAGGAGAAACACACCCAACACACUCCACCAGCAGUGACAAGGCAAGAGAGCAUGGGAAGAUUGUUUGAUUGACAUUCUCUGGAUGGAAAUACUGAAACCAAAACAUAGCGAUACGGAGCCUUGCCUCUUUGCAUUUGGAUGCAUCAUUUCGCUUCAGGUAGCUCUUUCGAGAUACCAAGUUUAUGGCUUAGACACAAAACCGUGGUUUAAUUUUGCUGUGGCGUGUCCCAUCCAGUUAGGUUUUCAAAUAUCUCGAAUUUGGCGUAGGAAUGUUGAAACCUUUUUUCCCUGCUCAAUUAUUUUUGACAUCCAAGCACUUUAUGAGUAUAAAAGUAUGUGUACUGACACAUUACGCCGUAUGUUAGUAUGCUGCUUGAGUGCAAUAUCACUGAAUGUUUACAUUUGUAUGAAAAUUUCAAGGUACAUAUCAGGAGGCUAGCUAAUCGGUUUAACUUAGGUAGCCCUUGACAAUAAAACUUCAGCCACAGUCAUAUUAUCUAGUGCCUGAUUCUGCCUUAGAGGUAUUCUCAAUGAAGGAAUAAAGUCUGUAUUAUAUGGUGAUACAGUAGUGACAGACCUACACUAGAGCAGAGUCUGUAUUUCUACACUCAAACCUGUGUGAGUAUAGAUAUUAUUUGUUAACUGCUUCCAGCAUCAAUUAAUGGCCUUUCGUGAAUCAGAGACAAAUACAUUAUUAAAGGGCACAUUUGAGGCUUAUUGUCUUAUUGGCCACUGACCAAGACACUGUAAAGUUUCCAAAAUAUUACUACUGACCUGAAUGUUUUUGUAAUUAAGAAACUCCAAAGGGGCACUCCAGGGAUUUCACUCAUCGAGCUCAGUUUUCUCAUCAUGGUUAGUAUAACACAGCUUGUGAAAACAGUUGUGUAAUGUCCUCUGAGGCUCCGGCCAAGCUUCGUCUAGUCUGAGAAAAUGAUCCUAAUGAUGUCAUGGUGAUGUCACCAAGAUUAUCUCAGUUUUGAAAUCACUAAUUUCCACAGAAAGCCGGUGUUCAUCAGGAAGAGAUGAUAUAACAAAGAAAUGGAAUCAAGCUGUACUGUGGGAAUUGUAGUAUCCACUGGAGCUUGAAAGUCCGGAUAUCUCAGCCCCCAACCCCCCAAACUUUACGGAAGCGCAAAUGUAAAUCACUGGAGUGUCCUUUUAAUGUUAAGCUAAUGGUCAUCUAAUAGCAAAAUAUAUAAUACUAGCCUAAAAACAUUUGGCUGUUUUAAAAUCCGUCUUCCCAAGUGAUCAAUAACGCUGUAGAACUGAAAUCUCAAACUUGCCCUUUAAGGCAUUGCUAUUGUGUUCCCUAAAGUCGGCACAGUUUUACAGUUGAAUCCCAGUUAUCUGGUCUUCCUCAGACUCUUAUGUCUUCUGUUUUUCUGCACUCAGUAUGGAAUUGUAAUGCAUGUCUAAAUAAUGGUCAGCAAAGACAUGAAAGUCAAGGUUACAAAUCAGAAAUUUGGGACCUAUUGUUUUUUUAAUAGUUUGCUCGUGCUGUUUUUAAACAACCAGUGUUAAGAGUCUGGGCACAGAAGGGUGGAACAGUCUCCAACCUUUUUCUCUGUUGAGGCUUUUUUCACCCUGUGGGACAGGCAGAGUUGAGCUGCUGGAAACACAUCAUCCAGCUCCAUGAGGAUUCAGCCUUUAGCACAUCGUCAAAACACUGGGAUUCAGCUGUAAAUCCCUUUUGGCAUCGCUUUCUCAUUUGCUCUCUUUUAUAAUUAUGACAGACAACUAAUAUUUUUAAAGCUUCCUCACUAAGAGUUUCGUCAGUUGUGCCUUGCAUAUUGGCUUCUUCAAAUACUGAAGGUGUACCUUUAUUUCAUGGUUUGUAUCAUAACAUGCUGUAGUGUUAAAUGUACUGUACUAAUAGUGCAGCAACAGUAUUGAUUUUAUUUAUUUGCCUCUUCAUUGGACAGAACAGAAUGUUACCUAGAAUGAUUUUGCAAAUCUAAAAUUGUGUAUGUGCAUUAUAGUAGCCGUUUUUUUCUCUGUGACAUGUAUGGAUUUGUUUUUAUUUAUUGCCAGUCUGUUAUUGUAUUUUUGGUAUCAGUUACAACUAUAAUAAGAAGCCUUACAAGAACUCUGUCCUCAAAGAAGUUUUUGGCUUUCGUCAAUGCCACAGUAUAGUAAACAGUUAUGUAACCUUAAGUAGAGAACAUAGUGGACAUGCUCCGAGCUGCAGGACCGUGUCAGCCUCAACUGUGGUUACAUAAAAUACAAAUAAUCAGGAAUCUAGUAGAAGCACACUGGGAAAAGCAAGAAAAUGAGUUGCAAUGUUUAAGGCCAGUCCAGCAAUCGAGAAGAAAAAGUGCUGUUUUUUGAGAAGGGGCCUUAUUCUGUAUUAUAUAUGGAAUUUGAAUGAGUGGUAAAAGAGAUGUCUGUUUUAAAAGCAGGUCAUACAGAUUACCUCUGAAAUAUUUAAAAUUCCCUGUGGGAUUCAAUUUAGUGAAAUGAAAUUUAGGACCUACAACCAUAGAGCAGUUUGUCAUUGUGUAGUACUUGUUCAUUUAGUUUUCAAACAUCUGCACUAUCACCUCACUGAGGCGACAAAUAUAAGAGGUGGUUGUGAUCGUCUCGCUCCACCUGGGUGUCCACUGCUGUCCUCCAUAAGGAAGGAAUAAAUGUAUGCGUGCCUGUGAGUGAAUGUGUGUGUGUCUGUGUGUGUGUGGAGGUGUGAUCUCAGCUUUUUUGGAGCGCUCAUGCUAACUUAAAUCUGUGUGCAACAUAGCUUCAUUUACUGUAGAACAAUUUGGAAGAAAGGAGGCAUACAGAACAUCAAUAAAAUUUUUCUGUAUUUCAAAUUGUCAAA